AUGUACAUAUUUGUUCGUUACGUCCUUAGAAAACGACCCCGUCGUUCUGAGGUGAAAUCACAAAAACGUGAACUUCCUGAGAGCGUCUUUACUCGUGACGAGCUGAAGUUUGGAGGUGCAGAAGCGAUGGAAUGUGAGCCCAAGCUGGAAGCCCCUGGGAGCCCAGAUAGGGAUGGAGGAGUGGACAGAGAAACUGGGGCAGAUGGAGGUAUAGAGGGCAUGGCUGACUGUGAAACUCUCAAAGGAGGAGUAGAGGAGACUGAAGACGGGAAGAAGAGAAAGCGGAAACCAUAUAGACCAGGAAUUGGAGGGUUCAUGGUCCGGCAAAGAAAGUGUCACACACGAAUGAGGAGAAGUCUGUCUGCUUCUGGUGAUGGUGUUCCUGAAGGUCAAUCAGCUGAAAUGAAACUUGAGGAAGGACCUCACCCUGACAUACCUCUUGAUGUCCCAGAGACAAAAACUGCAGAAGGAGAGGGUGAGCAAGCCAAGAAGCGCAGGGGCAGAAAGAAGAGCAAGUUGGAGGAUAUGUUUCCUGCAUACCUGCAGGAGGCUUUCUUUGGCAAAACAUUACUCGACCAGAGUAAGAGAGCUUUUCUUGCUCCUCCAACCCAAAGACAUACGCAGGGCGUUUUGAGACCUCCACUUCCUGGGCAGGGGGCCAGAAAUGCAGCCUCUGAACCAGUUGAGGCUGCAGUCAGGCCAACUGGGCUGCCCAUGGAACUAAAGCAAGAAGGCGAGGGAUCCAAGCCUCCAGGAGAUCGAGCAGGGCAAGGAGCAAGUGGGCAACUUUCUAACAAAAAUCAGAGCUCAGGAGAUACACAAGGGUCUGAUGUACAGAAGAAAGAAGAUCUCCCUCAGGGACUAGAAGGCCAGGACUCUCAGCAGUUUUUUCGCAAGGUACUAGGACCCACAGAGGGAAACGCCACAAGUGGGCCUCUGCAGCCUAGCAUUAAGCCUGUUCGAGAGGGUGAUUCAAAUCAAAGUAGUUGCCCUCAAAGAAGCCUUCUAGGUGCAUCCUUAUCUGGCGCACUCCCCACAACUAGUAUGAUGGAAUCUUUUUCAGGUCUCUCCCAGUCCCCUUUUUUUGACAUUCGGGAUCGAGGUGGUCUUUUCAGUCCAGACCAGGAUGAGGAAAGCCCAUGGGCAACACCAUCUGCUCCAGCCACCCCUUCAACUCCUCCAACUCCUACUGAACCGGAAGGUGAUGGCCUCUCCUACAACCAGCGCAGUCUGCAGCGUUGGGAGAAGGAUGAGGAAUUGGGAAAUCUAUCUACCAUCUCUCCUGUACUAUAUGCUAACAUGAACUUCCCUAGUCUCAAACAAGACUACCCUGACUGGGCCAGUCGAUGCAAACAAAUAAUGAAGAUUUGGAGGAAGGUAUCAGCAGCAGACAAGGUUCCUUAUCUGCAAAAGGCCAAAGAUAAUAGGGCUGCUCAGAGAAUAAAUAAGGCACAGAAGCAGGCAGAGAGUCAAGUAUGUCGGCCUAUUAAAACUGAGCCUGGCCGUAUUAAAGGAGAGCGCCCUAAUCUGCACCUCCAAAUUCCCCCACCCUCAGGCUCCGUAUCCACACCCUCCCAGCCGAGCUCUGCAGAGAGUCCCUACCCCCUUGCCCCUGACUCUGCAUCUUCAGCCUUUUUUCCUGAUGGACCCCUCAAGACCCCUUGCUCAGCUGAUGUUCAGACAGACCCAUUUUCUAAACUUCCCUCUCAGUCUCCGCACCUUCAGUCUCAGCCAUCCACACCAUACUCACAGCCUUCUUCCAGCCCCUUGCAGGCCUCUUCCUCAGGAUAUCCUAUGCCUGGCCCACAGGGUGCUACUCAGGGACGGCCAGCCAACUUUGGCUCCCUUGACAUGCAACCAGGGACUCCUCGCAGGGCCCAACAGGUUGACCCAUUUUUUAAAUCACAACAGCAAAUCCCCAAACCGCAGCAGCUCUCUCAGGAGGCCUUAGGUCCACCUGAGAGUCCUAGAUCUAGGCCUGGUGGGCCUGGAGACUCACAGAUGUUCUCACCGCCUCAUACAGCCCUUUGUGGAGACCCUUACCGUGGGCAGCAUGGAGCUAGCCGGCAAGAUCAUGCUUCAUCUCCAUCACCUUCUGCGAUAGCUUCUUCACCUGCUGCAGUGGGUCAAAAUAGGGCAGAAAUUAAUGCCCCAUCUCCACGUUCUUCAUUUGGCAGACAAGACCUAAGCUCUGGUUCUCCUGCUAGUUUGGACUGUGGAGAUGGGCUAUUUAAAGCUCCCAUGACACCUCGUAUGCAUCAGGGGGAUGCAGGCGGAUUAUCUGUUUCACACCCUCCAGGUGCCUCUCCAAAUCAUCCUCCUGAGAGCUACCGCCAAUCUCCCUCUACGUUCUCUGACCCUUACGCCCAGCCUCCUCUCACACCGCGACCUCAAUCGGGUGACGGCUCGUCCCCUCUACCCCAGAGGCUUCCUCAGCAAGAAACGUACUCAAGAUUGCCUUCCAGCCCUCAGUCACAAGGCAGUUCUCAGUCGCCUCUCACACCAGGAGCCAUUUCCAAUGAUGUGCUUUCUGUGCAGUCACCAGCCACUCCACGCUUCCAGUCACCUGACCCCUACUCCCGCCCACCUUCACGACCUCAGUCCAGGGAUUCAUUUGCCUCAUUGCAUAAACCCCCCCGCCCAUCUUCUGUAGCACCAGAAGGUAACUCUCCUUUUAGAGGCUCGCCUCAUCAUAGCCAACAACCGCCCUGCUCACCCUCAGUAGCAGAUCCGCUCUCUGGAAAACCCCCUGCUUUCAGCUGCAGUCCUGGUGUAGGGCUUCAAAUGGGCCAGCAACAAGUAAUUGGCCAGCAGCAGAUGACUCCUCAGCAAGCUCAGGUCCACCUCCAGCAGCCACAGUCCCAAACACAACCAGUGGGUGCUGAAUUUAACUCAAGAAUAGCACUCCCACCUGGAAACCAAGAAGCAAGUGUGCGGGCAACAGAUGGUCCACAUUUACCCAACUUGCCAGGGGUGCAGGAUAUGUCAGAGCUGUCAGCUGGACAGGAUCCAGCUCUCAUGAGCCUUAGUCCAUCCGAGUUAGAAAAGCACAGACAGAGGCAACGAUUACGAGAAUUUUUGAUAAGACAAAAAAUGCAGAGAAACUCACUUCGCCAAGAAAAGGAAACACCUGUGGUGGGUAAUCCUGCUCAGAAUUGGCCAGGUGGGGAUAUGCCACCCUUUCAGCAAGACAAAAGCCAGCGAGCACCACCUCCUUACCCUCAGGACAGAGCUGUGGUUGCUCAGGCAGCACUUGCCACCAGGAUGCCUCCGCCAGUGGGAGCAAUGGAUGAAAAGCUCUGCCGCCCACCUCCUCCUGGGACACCAGCAACUAUGGACCCCAGUGCUUUAAGGCAAGCUGGGCCCAAUAUUUCUCAGGGGAUGUAUUCUCGUCCACCAUUUCCUGCACAGUGGCAAAACCAAGGUGUUCCACGGAGGUUCCCACAGCCAUCUAUGAUGGAAGCCGUUCCCAGACAGCACCUUAAUACUCCCAUCAACAAUCCUCUUAACAUGCAGUCCAUGCAGAAUAUGCCCAAUCCAUUGACAGGGGCUCCAGGCACUGGCACAGAGGCUGUACAAAGCCAUGUGUCGGGAGCUCCACCUCAGUUUAUAGAGCUGAGGCAUAAUUCCCAGAGAAUGCCACUGGGUCCUCAGUUUAUGCAAAGGGCGCCUAUACCCAGACCACGCAUGUUUCUUCCACAGCAGGAAAUGAAUGCUGCUUUUGUUCAGCAGAAUUUACCCCCUUCUCUCGAAGCUUCAGCGGAGGGAAUGCGUGAUCCUAGAAUUGGGUUACAGCAGGGUGGCAUGGACCUACUGAUGCAACAACAAAGCAAUGUUCCCCCUUCUCAGUCUCAACUACAGUCGCAGCAGGUGCCAACUACUACACCCAAAACUCCCAUUUCUCACACUACUACUCAGCAGCUUUCUCAAACAAGUACAAUAGGUGGUCAGCAGACUGUUGUAAAUCCAGUUGACCUACCAGAGUCUGACCUUGGUCUUGGUGAUACAGUGGCAGAAACCGGAGUCGAGGACGAUGAUCUUGCUACUCUUGACUUGGAUCCUGAUAAAGGUGAUGAUGAUUUGGGAAACCUUGACAAUCUUGAGACCAACGAUCCUCAUUUGGAUGAUCUGCUAAACAGUGAUGAAUUUGAUUUGCUGGCUUACACUGACCCUGAACUUGAUCAGGGUGAUCCCAAAGAUGUCUUCUCUGACCAGUUACGACUUGUAGAAGCAGAGGGGGAAGGACCAGGUUCUUCUACUAAAGUAGAAAUCAAGGUCGAAGAGAAACCAAAAGUGGAUAUAGUUUCCCAGGACAUGCACACAACUGCCACUCAACCGCCUUUAAAGACUGAGACUUCAUCUACCAAAACUCAGAAGGUAGAGUCUUCUGAUGUCAUUAGGCUAUCCUCUGUAAAACUUGAAGACAAGGGAUUGAUUGAACAACCACAGUCAGCACAAGCUCCUGUUAAAGAUGACAUUAGUGAAACCGUGUCUGUUUUGCUUAGUGGAACAAAAGCCUCUAAUCAACCAGAGACUGCAACUGCUUCAUUGAACACAGUCCGUCUAGGUGGCAUACCUUUUCCUCUUCCCAGCCAAGCAGAAGCACUGUCUUUUCCACCAACUGCACCACAUCCGGACCUGGGUAAUGAUCCCCUUGGAUUACCAGAUGCUGGCCACCAUUCUACAGCAGACGAUCUUGACAAAGUAGAAAGCUCACUGGAAGCGAGUGAAUUACCUUUGUUAAUACAAGAUCUUUUGGAACAUGAAAAGAAGGAGCUUCAGAAGCAACAACAGCAGCAGCAGUUAAGUGCUCUACAAGGAGGAAUUGGUAGUCAACUCCACGGCAUUCAGAAUCAGCAACAGCCUCCACAAGGGCCAAAUCAAAUUAUGAUGCCACAGCAUCACCAUCCACCCCAAGGCAUAGUGCCUCAAGCUGGUAUGGUGCCCAGGCCUCCUCACAUGUUACCACAACAGCAGCAGAGGUUAAUUGGUGCUGCAGUGCCUUCACCUCCCCAUGCAGCAAUGGGACAGCAGCAAGGCAUUUUACGCGGUGUACAGCCUGGUAGAAUUCAUCCAGGUCUUACUCCUCAGCAGCAGACAGCUCCACCUCCGCAUGUUGUUAAACCGCAGAACUUGGCCAGCAACUUUUUCCCAGAUAAAGACCUGGAUAAAUUCAUGACAGAUGAUAUAAUGGAUCCCAUUGCAAAGGCUAAAAUGGUUGCACUGAAAGGCAUUAAAAGGGUGUUGGCUCAAGAUCCUAUGGGUGUACCACCAGGAAUGAAUAGGCAACAAGUGUCUCUAUUAGCUCAGAGGUUGACCUCUGCCCCUGGAAAUGAUGAUUCUCAGGCUCAGCUUGCUCCUGGGUCUUCUAAGGAGGGUGAAGGCAGCAACCAGGUUCAAACAAGACCAAAUCCUCCACAGUUUGGCAUCAUCAAUGAUGCUGAGCAACACCAAUAUGAAGAAUGGCUUGUGCACACCCAGCAGUUGCUGCAAAUGCAGUUGAAGUUCUUAGAAGAGCAAAUUGGAGCACAUCGUAAAUCCCGUAAAGCUCUAUGUGCCAAGCAGCGCACUGCAAAGAAAGCUGGGCGUGAAUUUGCAGAGGCAGAUGCUGAAAAGCUCAAACUGGUCACUGAGGAACAAAGUAAGAUCCAGAAACAGCUGGACCAGGUGCGUAAACAGCAAAAGGAGCACACCAAUCUUAUUGCAGAGUACCGAAGCAAGCAACAACAACAUCAGCAAGGGUCUUCUAUACUUGCUCCAGGGCCCUCUACACAAGCACCCCACAUGCUUUCCAAAAUGCCUGGACAAAUGAUGAUGGGCCAACAAGGAGCACCAAUUAUUGGUCAACAACCUGGAGGAAUGCCUCAAGUAGGGAUGCCUCAGGGAGGCAUGCCAGUUAGGAUGCCUCAAAUGCAACCUUUUGGUGGAGCCCAGCCUUCUCUCCCACUUGGACCUGGCACUGUGCAACCAGUGCCACCUCCUGGUUUUUUCCAACAACCCCCUGGAGCACAAGGACCAGAUCCAAGAGUUAUACAGGAGCGACAGUUACAGCAUAGAAUGCAAAUGGUUCAAAAAAUGCAGCAACAACAACAGCAGCAGCUAAUGAUGGGGCAGCAGUCUAUGCCACAUCAACCUCAGCAGCCUGGUAUAAUGAAUCAGCAACCUGGAGCCAUGGGCAACCAGCCAACCCAAGUUUUAAUGGGCAAUAUGGGGCAGCAGCAACCAAGCUUACAACAAGGAUUAAUGAAUAGCCAGCAAAAUCAGCAGGGGUUAAUGCAAACAACUCCAGGUAUGAUGGGAAACCAGGCUAUUGGGCAGACACAACAUAAUGUCAUGGGCCAACCUAUGACUCAAACUGUAAAUAUGAUUGCAGGCCAGCCACAGGGUAUGGUUGGUAAUCAACAAAUUGUUCAGCAGCUUCAGAGACCACAGGGUUUGAUGGAUCAGCAUGGGCCAGGUGGACAACAUGUUAUUAGGGGGCCACCAACACAACUCACGCCUCAACAGCAGAGUGUAAUGGCUCAGCGCAUGCUCAUGACACAACAGCAACAGAAUGCUGCAAAAAACCUUGCUCAACUUCAGCAGCAACAAAUUUCACAACUGAAACAACCUCCACAGGUUGGUCCCUCUGAGCCACAAAGAGCUUUAGAAACUCCACAAUCGGCUAAUCCCCAAGGAGCUACUGAGAACUUGCAGCAAGGUGUCCAAGACCUUCAAAAUCCUGAUCAUAAAGAUGGGGGACUGCUUAGCCCAAAAACACCGCCCCAGCAGGGUGGACCUCCUACACCACUUCAGAUGCAACAGACGGGAUCUAAUGGAGACCAACAAUGUGGUGUUGGACAGCCACAGCAAACACAUGCUUUUCUGGGUCAGCAACAGACAGCACAGCCUCAGUCAAACCAGAAUAUUGGAGUACCAGAACAACAUGGUUUCGUGGGCAACCAACAGGCUGGUCCACAUCUUAAAGUACAACCGCAGCAGCAACAGAUGCAACUUGGUCUUCAGACGCAGAACACCAUACAAAUAAAACAGGAAGAUCAGCAAAUGUGCUUUAUGGCACAACAGCAAGCUUGUCAGAUUGCUGCACAACAACCACAGGAUAUGCUUGGCCAAAAUAGUGGUCAGACUCAAACUACAAUGACUGGCAUUACAAAUCAACAGCAGCAAGCUCUCUUGACUCAACAGAUAGGCAUGCCUAGAGGCCAGCAGAUGGUGAUGACUCCAAGGCCUGGUGCUCCAACAGGGCAAAUACGUGCCCCUUUCAACAUUCAGGCCUUCAUUGCACAGAACCCACAACUCCGUCACCUGACUCCCAGCCAACAGUUGCAGCAAAUUCAGGUAAUGAUUGCUCAGCGACAGCUACAGCAAGGCCAGAUGCUAAGAAUGCAAGGUCAGGCUCAGGGACAAAUGCGUCCCCAGGUCCCACAGGGGCCACCAGUUGGUCCACGGAUGCCAGGUCUUGAAGCCCAACAACAGCAGCACCGCUUUGGAUUAGCAGGCAAACAUGGUCCAGCCGGCCCUCAACAGCAAUCGGGAGCAAUGGGACAAUCAUCUGGUAUGGCUCCACAGUUUCAUCAAGGUGUUUCGGGGGCUAUGCAGCAACCUUCUCAAGGACCUUUGCCUCAGUACAUCAAUAGUGCCCAGCAGCAGCAGAUGUUACAACAGCAACAAGUACAUCAGCAUCAGAUGAUGAGGAGUCAAGUGCCCAGACCAGUAAUGGGUCAAGUUCGUGCCACAGCACCAGGACAUAUGGCUAGGCCGAUGUCUCCCCGUCAGUUAGUGGGUCAGGGUUCUCCUGGAAGCCCACUUUCUAAUCAAAGGCUCAUGAGAAUUUCUCAGACUCCACCAGGCCCCCAGCACCUUCAGCAACAGCAGGCCCAUGUGGCAACAGCACUGAGCCCCUUUCAAGCCUCUCCCUCUCAUGUGGGUUCUCCUGCAGGGUCUUCUGUUCCAGAACCUGGUUCAAGCCCAGCAUCUGUACAUAAAUCUGAGCCAGGCACCUUGUCCCUCUCUAGCCACUUGUCAUCCCCUUCUAGGCCAGAAAAUGUUGUAGGAAAGAGUAGUCCCUUUAGCCAGACAGGGGGAUCAAUAGCUUCACCUUUGCGAUCUCCAAUUGCCAAGACUCAGAGCCCCAAUACUGAAACUCUGUCAUCUCCUUUUCCACUUAAUGGUCCAUCUCCUCAGUCAGCACAGAACCCACACCAAGCAACAACUGCUGCCCAAGUAUCUGAUAGUCAUUUGUCUCAACCAGCUCAGCUGCCCAGUGAAAUAACACUGCAAAACAUCAAACAAGAACCACGUGAAGUCCAGUGUGACACUGGAGGUAGUGUAGAGGCCCAUUCUGAAGGCAUAAAGAGAGAAAUUUCUGGAGAGGCAGUCACUGCCAUUGCAAACUCUGUUCCAGGCUCUAGAUGUCAAGCAGGAGAUCUUGGAUCCCAAAUUCAAAGGACAGAGACUGGCCAACAGCUCCUACAGAAACUUCUUAGAACCAAGAACUUACAAAUGGCUUCUCAGAGGCCCUCAGAUGGCAUUCAUAAUGAGAUAAAUGGGCACAUCAAUAGCAAGCUCGCAAUGCUAGAGCAAAAGCUUCAAGGAACUCCACGCAACAUGGAGGAUCUGCAGUCCCUCACAAAGAGAACUCCGAUAGUAAAGGCAAAACGUACCACAAAAACUGGAGAGCGUGGACCAAACUCUAGAAAGAAAACCAAGAAAGAAGAGGUUGGAAAAACUGAGGCAAUAAUGAAGCAGCUGAAACAAGGACUUUCUCUUCUUCCUUUGAUGGAACCCUCCAUUACUGCUAGUCUGGAUUUGUUUGCUCCUUUUGGCAGCAGUCCAGCCAAUGCUAAGGCCCAGUUAAAAGGCUCAUUUGGAAAUGCUAUGCUGGACAACAUUCCAGACUACUAUUCCCAACUUCUUACAAAGGUAUGGUAUAGUUUGGCAUUUUGUAUACCUUCAUCACUUCCUCCAACUCCACCACCUUCUGUGCAACAUAAGCUUCUAAAUGGAGUAACACCUGUAGAAGAACUAGCAGAAGGUCAGAAAGAGACAGAGACAUCAGAGGAUACCAUGGGUUCUGUUCCAGAUGAAGUUAAAAGUGUAGACAUACUAGCAGCUCUCCCCACUCCACCUCACAACCAAAAUGAAGAUAUACGGUAAAUUACCAACUACAAUAUUGACGCUCCAGACAGCAUUGUGCCUGCAUCCUCACCUGAAAGCCAACUAGGUGAAGAGACAACACGCUUCCCCCAUCUAUUGGAUCCUAAAGAGGAGGAAGAUGAGAGGGCCAUCUCUCCUGUUAUACCCAUUAUUCCUCCUUCUGCCAUCCCAAGUUUUUCCGAAACAAAACCAUUUGAGUCAGCGGAUGGAAAAGUUGUUGCCUCAUCCAGCCAGUGGGACAAAACCAAAAGCAAUGAAGUGUCUGUAACCUUUAUGCUUUCAUCAGCUGCAGCAAAGAAUCUCAACACAGUGAUGUUGGCUGUUGCCCAACUGCUGCAAAUACGUAUGCCAAGUUCUUAUGAGGCAGCUUUUCCCCAGAGUCCUGGUAGAGCAGGUGUUGGACCUGGGAAAGUACCUGACGCUUCCAACCCAGGUAAUGCACUCAAGAUCCAUGAUGCAGAAUGGCUUAGGCAGUUUGAUGUUUCCCUCCCAGGGUGUACCCUGAGAAAACAAGUUGAUAUUCUUGCUCUCAUCAAACAGGAAUGCCAGGAGCAAGAAGAUAGACCUGCUCAGCACUGUUACAUGACAAAUGUUUCAGAUCUGGAUGUGCGCCACCUGCCUGUUAUUCCUGUUGAGGUUUCUCCACCUCCAUCACCAUCGCCACCUCCUCCUCCUCCACCUCCACCUCCACCUCCAUCAUGUACUGCAGCUGAGCCAGAAAUCAUUACUCAACCUGAGCCCAAACCUGAACCAGAUGCACCAAUUCAGACUACAUCAUCCCCUUCGGCAAGUCCAAGUGCUCCUGUCAAAACUGAAUCUAUAGAUAAAUUGGAAUCUCACAGCUCUCCUGUUGCUAUGGAGUCUGAAUCUCAGGAACCUGUGGUCCUUCCCCAAGCUGCUCCAUCAGAAGAACAACAACCUCCUGCUCCAGCCAGUUCUCCUCCUCUAGACUCCCCCACAUUGGAGAUAUCCCUCAAACCCAUCAAACACCGUAGCAGGCCUCUUUCUGAUGAAGAAGAAGAACGACCCAAGGUUAAAAAAUGGAAAGGUCUGCGCUGGAAGCGUCUCCAGAUAGUCAUCACUAUUCGCAAAGGAGGCUCUAAGAAAGAGAACAGCCGUGAAGUUUCAGAGCUCAUGGAGCGUCUCCGCAUUACGCUGAAACCAGACAGGCUUCCCCGAGACAAGCGCAAGUGCUGUUUCUGCCAUGAGGAGGGAGAUGGUGUCACAGAUGGACCUGCACGCUUACUUAACAUAGAUGUUGAUCUGUGGGUCCACCUUAACUGUGCUCUAUGGUCCACUGAGGUGUAUGAGACCCAGGGAGGAGCACUUAUUAAUGUGGAGGUUGCCCUUCGGCGUGGACUACGCACCCGCUGUGCCUACUGUCAGAAGACGGGUGCUACUAACAGCUGCAAUCGUCUGCGCUGCCCGAAUGUUUAUCAUUUUGCCUGUGCCAUCCGUGCACGCUGCAUGUUUUUCAAAGACAAAACUAUGCUCUGCACCCAGCACAAGCUUAAAGGCCCCAGUGAAGAGGAGCUUAGCAGUUUUGCUGUUUUUCGACGUGUCUACAUUGAGCGAGAUGAGGUGAAGCAGAUCGCAAGCAUCCUACAACGUGGCGACCGCAUUCACAUGUUCCGUGUUGGCGGGCUCAUCUUCCAUGCUGUGGGCCAGCUCUUGCCUUCUCAGAUGACUGUGUUUCACUCACCCACUGCUAUCUUUCCAGUGGGCUAUGAGGCCACACGCAUUUAUUGGAGCACUCGUGUGCCAAACCGCAGAUGUCGCUACCGCUGUCGCAUCAGUGAACAGGAUGGCAGGCCUCUGUUUGAAGUGCGUGUGCUGGAACAUGGGUAUGAAGACCUGCACUUCCGAGACACCACUCCAGAUGGAAUUUGGUCCAAGAUUGUGCAGCAGGUUGCCAAGCUGCGUGAUGAAGCAGCCAUGUUGAAACUCUUCACCGAGCAUGUCAAGGGAGAGGAGAUGUAUGGGCUCACUGUCCAUGCAGUGAUGCGAAUCACUGAAUCGCUUCCUGGUGUGGAAAACUGUCAGAAUUAUACGUUCCGAUAUGGCCGCCAUCCUCUGAUGGAGCUUCCACUCAUGAUCAAUCCUACAGGCUGUGCACGAUCAGAACCCAAAAUUCUCACCCACUGCAAAAGGCCUCAUACUCUGAACAGCACGAGUAUGUCCAAAGCCUAUCAGAGCACAUUUACUGGAGAGAUCAACACCCCAUACAGCAAGCAGUUUGUUCAUUCCAAAUCUUCUCAAUAUCGUCGGUUGAAGACGGAGUGGAAGAACAAUGUGUACCUGGCCCGUUCUCGCAUUCAAGGACUGGGUCUGUACGCUGCUAAAGACCUUGAAAAACACACCAUGGUCAUUGAGUACAUUGGCACCAUAAUUCGCAACGAGGUUGCAAAUCGCAGAGAGAAGAUUUACGAGGAGCAGAACCGUGGGAUCUACAUGUUCCGCAUUAAUAACGAGCAUGUGAUUGAUGCCACCUUAACUGGCGGUCCUGCCCGUUACGUUAAUCAUUCUUGUGCACCCAACUGUGUCGCGGAAGUAGUGACAUUUGACAAAGAGGACAAGAUCAUCAUCAUUUCGAGUCGCAGGAUCCCAAAGGGUGAAGAGCUGACAUAUGACUAUCAGUUUGACUUUGAGGACGAUCAGCACAAGAUCCCCUGCCAUUGUGGAGCCUGGAAUUGCAGAAAGUGGAUGAACUAACAGGGACAGAGAAAGAGUCCGACCCGUCUUUGCUCCCUGGUGCCAGAACACUCCUGCGCCAAAGCCUGUUAUAUUCUUACUAUCCAGUUAAUAAGCUGCUCUAAAUUGAGGAAGAAAAGUUCAUUCUCAGUCACCCGAAAGACAAGACUUCGUUAUUCACAACAAGAGCCAAAGCUUUGAAGAGUAAACUUUUGAUGCCACAACCUUUUACAGAUGAGCUCAAAGGUAUUGGACCUGCUUGAAUCUUUCGUGUUGAUUUUAAAAAGUACACCUCUGCCAAAAGCACCUCUACUUCCUCCACUGUUUCCUCCUACAAUAAGCUGACUCUGGCUGCAAUCGAUCCUUUCGACAUCUACCAAAAUAACCGAAGCUAUAGCAUAUCAAUACACUUAGACUAGAACUCAGUGAAGAUGUUUGAUUAAAGCCAUGUAAAAGUACUCAAAAAUGAACUAGUACACUUUAGCUUGGACCUAUCCUUUCCGCUACCACCCUUUCCGUCACCCCAGAUGAACGCUCUCCCAUCAAAUCAUCAAUGAAGAUCGUGGACAUUGGCAAGACAAUCCUGGAGUGGCUCUGCAUAGAACUGUGAUGAGAUAUAACGUCGAAAUACUAUUGACCUGUGGCUCGAAAGGCACCAGAUGUUUUAUUAUAUUGAGUUAAAAGGUGGGUUUAUUUCACCCAGUCUACCUCAUUGAGUUUGUGGGACGUCACUGCUUUGUAUUAAAACUGUUAAGUGCUACUGUGGAAAGGGGAAGGCAGGAAUGUGUCCAUGGCAAUUGCCUUCUCGGAUAAGCAGGGAAACUUAAGCAGCAGGUUUGCUUCUAUCUAUAUUUUGCUUUCUGAUGAUUACAAUAGUGAGCCAGUGCAACUCUUUUUGAUUUGAUUAUACAAAUGAGAUACAGUAUAUGACGAUGCAUUACUUAGAGCAAUCAAAACUCAAACGGGUGUCUCGGAGGUCACCUUUUUCCGACUGUAGAUAUCAUGUAGCUGCGUCGACACACAUAAGGAUCAUGCUUUUAGUGUAGAAACGCUCAUCCGGAUUCUCUCGCGUUCUUGACGACGGAGCAAAUUAUAAGAAAGGGCCACGGUGCGGAUCCACAUUGGUGCAAUUUGAAAGAUUAUAGGGCAAAAACUAGUGAUGCAAGACUGCCACCGCAUUCAACAUGUUUUCCCAUCUUGAAUCCUUCCAUCCUGCUUUCAUUAGAUCUCCGUACGGAUCUCAUCACUCCAACCAGGACCCUUAGGUGUAAAGCCUCUUCCCUUCUGUGAUAGUGGACUGUUGUAAACUUACUGUAGUGAGUCUUUCUCUGCCUGCUGACGGCCGGUUGUAUCUAAUCUAUGUAUCGUGGUUUGAUAGUGGUAGCACAGUCUACAGGCUUGACGCAGUGAUGGAGGAAGACUUCAAAAGGGCAUUUCUAUUUUCUUUUAUAGUAAAGUAAUUUAAAACAGUUAAAAAAAACAAAAAACAAAAAAAACAGUUGAAUUUCAAAGAAGGGAGUUGAACAAAGUCUCCACAUAGCCCAUGCUACUUUGUUCCUUUCUCCCCUGACUUAUGACCUCACGUUAAGAAUAAAUGCAAAAUGUAUAAACUGUACAUAGUAGGGGUCUAAACUCUUUAUCCAGCCCCUUUUACAUCAAAUUCAAAAUUGUAGAGAAAUAAAAUUCAUGAAAAAAGCAACCACUGGAUAUCAUUUUAUCAGAAAACUAAAUGUGUAUAUAUCUAUAAAUAUAUGUAAAAUGGCAAACUAAGUAAUAUCUUUAUGUAUAUGAACAAGAGUGUUUUUGCAUUUAACUUUUUUUUUUUUUUCUAUCUGCGUUUUUCCUACAAGACCAUAUACAGUUU